ACCUUUCAGGUUUGUGCUCUGGCUCCAGGACCCCUGCUGGCAGAGGAGCACUACUGGACAGGAGUCUCCCACAGCCCUGCAGUGCGCCUCCACCAUGGAAACCCAGCAGAAACAGUGGCUGGAAAUAAUAGGCGCCUACCAAUGGGUGCUCACUGUCCUCUUCCUGGGCCCCUUCUUCUCCAUUCUCCUCCUCUUCCUCCUCUUCACGCCACUCUGGUCUCUCUCUGUUCUCUACUUCGCGUGGUUCUUCCUGGACUGGGACACUCCCAACCAAGGUGGAAGGCGCUUGGAGUUCAUGAGGAAGUGGAGUAUUUGGAAACAGCUAAGAGAUUACUAUCCGGUCAAGCUGGUGAAAACAGCAGAGCUGCCCCCUGACCGGAAAUAUGUGCUGGCUGCUCACCCACAUGGGAUCAUGUGCGUGGGAACCUUUUGUAAUAUCUGCACCGAGGCGAAUGACUUCUCCAAGCACUUCCCCGGGAUUCAGGCCGUGUUGGCAGCACUGCACACCCUCUUCCACUUCCCAGUCUAUCGAGACUAUGUCAUGUCCUACGGACUGUGUUCUGUGAACCGGAGGAGCCUGGACUUUGUUCUCUCUCAGCCCCCGAGCGGGCAGGCUGUGGUCAUUGUGGUUGGGGGCGCGCAGGAAGCCCUGUAUGCAAUCCCAGGGGAGCACAACCUCGUUCUGCAGAAUCGCAAAGGCUUCGUGCGCCUGGCACUGAGACACGGUGCCUCCCUGGUACCCGUGUACUCCUUUGGAGAGAACGACAUCUUCCAUUUGAAGGUUUUUGCCCCCAACACCUGGCAAUACCUGUGCCAGAUGACCUUCAAGAAGCUCACAGGCUACAGUCCCUGCAUCUUCUGGGGCCGCGGACUCUUCUCGGCCGACUCCUGGGGCCUGCUGCCCUUUGCCAGGCCCAUCACCACCGUGGCUGGGAGCUGAGGGUAAACAAGGACCUAUCCGACCAGCACGGAGCCCGACUGCAGGCCCAGCAUUAGGCCAACAGGAGCCUAUCAGCUCAACAAACACAGAACUCUGGCGAAGAUCAAAGAUUUAAUAUUGAAGUUUCAUGAGUUCGAACCCUGUGCCUGACUCUGCUGACAGCCUGGGAUUCUCCAUGCUCUCCCUUAGCCCCUCCCAGGCUUGUGCUGCCUCUCUCUCUCUCCAAAUAAAUAAACUUAAAAAAAAUACUUAAGGGCUUAGAACAGAGAUGCCAAAAUAGUCUCAACCCCAUUAUGGGCAUGGCAACAGUCCAACCAGAGGCCAAGACCGAACAGUCUAGGGGGACCUUAUGUGGUCAUCGUGACUACAGAUGUGACUACAAAGGUGACUACAUCAAUCCCAAUUGCUUACUGGCUUUGCCCAGUCUGUAUCCAGGGCUGAAUCCAGGAGGUAAGAAUAUCUUGUAGAAGUGUCAUUGGGAUGCACUAUACUUGCCUCCCACUGUCUUAUACAGUAUAUUCAGGAAGAAUUUUUUCUUGUUCCUGGAAGAAAACCUGGGCAGUCCUGUGAUUUAUCUGCAUCCUUCUCAGGUGAAAACUUCUUUCAUCUUAAGUUAGUACAUAGAGGGGGCACCUGGGUGGCUCAGUCAGUUCAAUGUCUGACUUCUUGAUUUCAGCUCAGGAAACGAUCUCCCAGUUUAGUGGUUUUGAGCCCCAGCAUCGGGCUCUGCAUUGACAGAUAGCACAGAACCUGCCUGGGACUCUCCCUCACUCUCUGCCACUCCCC